CCAGCGGAUUUGGGGCAACGAGAAGAGAAUACUGGAGAAGUGUUCAAUGAAGAUGAUGGGCAAAUGGAUUUAGAGCAACGAGAAGAGAAUACUGGAGAAGUGUUCAAUGAAGAUGAUGGGAGAUUUGAAGAUUCAGCGUUAAAAAGUACCCGAGCUAAACCGAAAAAGGAAAGACCAGGUCGAAUGUGUGUGUUUUGCAGUAAAAUAAUUGAAGGAGGAAAGUUGAAAAGGCAUAUAACAAGUCACAAAAAAACACAUGAGGAAGUUGCAGCCAUCCUUAAAAAACCAGUUGAAGAGCAAAACAAAUGGUUUGAAGAAAAACGUCAUGAAGGAAUAUACAAAUACAACAUGCAUCAUUUGGACGAUAAUGAUACCAAAUUGAUGAGGGAGAGGAAACCAAAAAGGCCGGAUGAGCUUCGGAUGUGCUUGGCAUGUAAAAAGUUUUUUUCCAACAGAACGUUUUACAAACACAAAGAAACUUGUAGCAGUCAAGCUCAGCCAGUUAAAACUAAAACACUAAGGCCUCUCGACCUUCACUAUAGUGAAGAGUUUGUUUUGAAUAUCCUGAAUAAAUUUCGAGAUGGUUCUAUUGGAAACUUCAUAAGAGAGUCCAAGAUUGUUCAAACAAUUGGAUAUAAACAUUAUCUUGCUAGACGAUCAGAAUCGAGUAAAACUACAGAGGUGAGAAGAGAAGUCAUGAUGGAAAUGAGAGAACUCAGCAGACUGUUCUUUUGCUUCAAGUCUAUUGCAGAAGAGGAGCUUUCGUUUGAAGAAAUGUAUGAAAGAAACCAUCUGUCAACUCUAAAGGAAGCUUUCUCAACUUUAUGCACAGGAGAAGAAGGAGAGAAGUAUGGUUUGAAAAUGAACUUAAACAGCAUUUUCCAAAGAAGCAUAAAGAUUCUUUUGGGAUAUUACUCAGAAACACAGCUUGACUCCAAAGUUAAGGAAUUGGAGAGGUUCAGAAAAGCGUACAAUUUCAACCUUCCUGAUAUUGUUGGUAAAGCCAGAUAUCACACAGAGAAGAACUCUUUAAAGAAGGCAAGACUCCCCAAGAGCCUUCCACUUGAAGAUGAAAUGAGGAAAUUGAAACAAUUUCUCAUUCAAGAAAUAGAUGACACCGUGGAAAACUUUUCACUUAAUCGGUACACAUGGCUUCGUUCAUUAGUAGUCGCCCGAUUAACUCUAUAUAAUGCCAGACGAGGAGAAGAGGGUUCAAGGCUACUGCUUGAGGAAUGGUAUGAUGCCAUAAAUUCAACCUGGAUACCUCAGGAAGCAGUUGAAAGUGUUAAAGAUGAUGCAGAAAAGUACCUCAUUGGCCAAUAUAAACUAGCAUACAUGGCUGGGAAAGGGAGAAAGUGUGUUCCAGUUCUGAUUCCGAAUGAUUUGGUAGGGCCAAUUGAACUGCUAAUAUCACACAGGCAGAAGUUUGGGAUUGCAGAGACUAAUAAUUUUUUGUUUGCAACAAAAAGUUCAAGUUCACAUUGCUCUGGAUGGCAUGCAGUAUUCACUGUGUGUGAAGCAGUUGGCAUAUCCUCAGUCACAGCAACAAAAAAUAGGCACAGAGUGUCAACAGUUUAUGCUACCCUAGAUAUGUCGGAAAAUGACAGAAAAAUAUUUUAUGACCAUCUAGGUCAUAAUGAGGCAAUAAAUAAGGACAACUAUCAGUGUCCUCCAGGAGUGACCGAGGUCUUGCAUAUGGGGAAGUUUUUGAGCUCGCUAGAAGAUGGCUUACCAGUAGCGGCACCAGAAAGCCAUGAGAAGAAGACAAAGACAAAAGAUACUAGAACACAAAGUGCAGAAAUUGUUAGUGAAGGAAAGAAGCAAAGAAAAGACUCAUUUCGCUGGACAGAAGCGAACACGAAAGCUGUAAUAACAGAUUUUAAGGAGUGGGUAAACACCGAAAAGGGAAACAGUCUACCAAGUAAAACAUGUCUGGAGGAGUACUUAAGCAGAUCGACAUCCCUUGCUUGCACAGUUCUGCAACAAAAAUUAUGA